UGCUCCUUUCGCUGACGUCAUCUGGAGCCCGCACCCGGCGUAUGUCAGCAGUGGCGUGUGCGUUUGUUUGGCAACAAAAGACAAUUAUUUUUAACCAGUUAGCGACAUUUUGUCGACGACAGUGUAUUUGUGGACUUUAUCACAGGCAGUAACUGUUAGUUGGUAGUGAUGACACCGCCUCUGCUAACGUUACUGUCCGUUGGAGGAAGAGGAAGAGGAAGGAGGUGAUGAUGAUGAUGAUGACAUGCAGUUAGCUGGCUGCUUGGCUGGCUGACGGACGGACGGACUUGAGCCCACUGUGUGUGUGGUGUCGCCCCACAACCAGAGCAGGAUCCGGGACAACAAGAGGCGAAGAUGCCGCGGAGAAAACAAUCCAACCCCCAGCCGGUGAAGUUGGAGUUGGAGGACGGGGCGGUGGUGUGUGAGCCUGGCUGCCUGGUUCUGGAGAGCGACUUCCUGCUGAGCGGAGAGCUGGAGUUUGGAGACUCCGAGAUCAUGGGGCUGGAUAGAGAGUCCGGUAUGACGGUCUUCUCUCUGAGUGUGGAGGACGAUCCUUCAGCACCAACAGACUCCACCUUCCCAGCUUUCCUCUCCUGUAAAGGAUGUGGUCAACUUCUGGGAGACUCUCCUCUGGGAGCAGGUUUAGAUCUAGGUGUGGGCCUGGACCUGGGGGCGGAGCUGUAUUGUCUGACCUGUGAGGAAGGCCUCCAGCAUGAAGCGUCAGUCGACUCCUCUCAGGUGGAGGAGGCCGACAGAACCAUCAGCGGUGACUCCGACAGGAAGAGGAGAAGCGCAGGUAAGACAGACGGGGCAGGUGACAUCCCUUCUAAGCUGUUCUCGUGCUCGCUGUGCCCCUUCACCUCGCGCUACUCCAACCACCUGAAGCGCCACAUGAGGACCCACGACGGCGAGAAGCCGUACCGCUGCCCCGUCUGCCCCUACGCCUCGGCCCAGCUGGUCAACCUGCAGCGCCACGCCCGCACCCACACCGGGGAGAAGCCGUACCGCUGCCACCACUGCAGCUACGCCUGCAGCUCCCUCGGCAACCUGCGGAGGCACCAGCGCAUGCACACGCAGGAGAGACCACAGAGGAGGGAGAAGGAGAAACGACGAGGGAGGAGGAAAAAGGCAAACGCUGAAACUGAAGAAGUAGUGUCAGACCUGACCCUGCGAGUGUCCCAGGACUCAGGGUACCUCCAGACGUUGGGGGGCCUCGGCUCUCCCUCCGCCCCGCUCCCCGUCCUGCUCUUCCCCCUGUGCUGCCGGAUGUGUGGCCUCACGCUGGAGGAGGCCGACCUGGAGGGGGACAAGGCCGAGGGGGAGGUGGAGGGCGACGGAGGGCAGGUGUGUCGUCGUUGCUCGUUGGACCUGCUGUCCAAAGAUGGCUGCGGGUCUCCCUGCAGCCCGGCCGUGUCUCGGGGACCCCGGCGGGGUCAGCGUGGUACCAAGCUGUACCGCUGCCCUGACUGCCCCUUCCUGUCCCACUACCCAAACCACCUGGCCCGCCACGCCCACACCCACUCGGAGGAGAAACCACACCGCUGCCCGCACUGCCCCUACACCUCCUCGCACCUCGACAACCUCAAACGCCACCUGCGCGUGCACACGGGGGAGAAGCCCUACCAGUGCCCGUCGUGCAGCUACGCCUGCGGAAACCUUGCCAACCUGCGGCGACACGAGCGCAUCCACUCGGGCGCCAAGCCGUUCCACUGCGGCGUCUGCGGCUACUCCUGCAACCAGAGCAUGAACCUGAAGAGGCACAUGCUGCGGCACACGGGAGAGAAGCCGUACGCCUGCGCCGAGUGCGACUACACCACGGGCCACUGGGACAACUACAAACGCCACCAGAGGAAACACGGGCACAACACGGACAGCUGGGACAAACACGCACCCAUCAACGGCCUCAGCUGGGGCAAAGACACUCAGGAGAGCCAGAGUCAGGGACAGGAACAAUGAAACACCUGCUUCACACGCCCAGGGGUGGAAGAACGAGGACGCUGAGGGACUCAUGGGGCUCACCGAUGAAACAUCUCCUGUAAAA